AUGGAUGAUUAUCCCGACGAUUCUCGUGAGGAUCCCCUCCCUACUCAGAGUCCACCACCACCACCACCAUCACAUAGUGAGAUGAGUCAUGUCUUAGAUGCCAUCCGUGAUAUGAGUACUCAUGUCACUAACAUGGAUACUCACCGUCUCAAACCAUAAGUCAAAGGAACCUCCGUCAUUCACUCCCUCCCAUCCAAGUCCUAGGUCAAACCUCUUGUACUCUCCUACGCUUGAUGAACCACCCUCUACUCUAUUUUCUCUCGAUCCUACCCCUCUUGCUACCCACUUCUCCGAUUGCGCUCAUCAUCAUGUUGACCCUACGAUCAUUAUAAUAGUGCUAACGGUCAUGAUAGACGUCCACCUGCUCCCUAUGAUCCUUAAGACUGGCAUAAUGGUCAUGAUCGUACUUGAUAAGUUUUCAUUAUCAUGAGUUAAUAAUUAGUAAAUAAUAUAGUUUUAGUCUUAACUCAUGAUAAAUAGACUUAUAUUUGUGUUAAAAUGUGAAAAGUGAUUUUCAGUUGAUUAACGUGAAUUUUUAGAUAAUUAUGUGAUUUUAUAUGAAUUUAUAUGAUUUUUAUAAUCUUACUUUUGAGAUAAAUAAAGAAAAAGAAAUAAAAAUAAAAAGGCUAGUAGAGACCACUCUGCAAGCAAGUCAGAAGCACAGUCGGGGAGGAGCUGCGAGUAGAGGCUCGAGCGGCUAGGACCGAUAGAGGCACGUGUGUGCCACUCCUCUUCCACGUCACCGAUGGUCAGCCGGCUGUGGGGUAAGAAGUGGUCGUACAUGCGCGAGAAAGUAAAUGUAAUAUUAGUAUAUAUUCACCCAAAACUUCCGCACACAAGUAAUGUGAGACUAAACCCACAUCACACCUUCCCUAGAAAAGGUUCGAUGAAAGAUUACUUAUUUAUAAUAGAGAUAUACCAUGAUGACGUUAUUAGAUAAGGGCAUUAGAGUACUUAUAUCAAUCUCUCUCAUGUAGGCGAGCAAUCGGCAUGGGUUCAAAUCUUCUUAGAGCCAUAACUCAUAUUUUUUAUUUGAUUAUCUCGACUUUUCUAUAGAUCGCCGAUGAAAGAUUAAGCAAUUAAAAUCACUGGAUCAUCGGCAAAAAACUUGUCAAUUAGAUUUACCGAGUAUUGUUACUAAAAUUGUUGAACAAUUUUCGAUAAAAGAAUCGCGAAUCCAUCGAGUAAAGCAUCUCCGAUUGAUCGACGAACAAGCCAUCAUCAAGAAGAGGAUGAUUUGCCAGGAGACGAGUCGCCACCUCUUGAGAGCAUAUCAGAUGUGAUGAAAAGCCUCCUCUUGUUGUGCGGAUCUGAGGAUGAAGCUCUUUGACAUGUGCCCCACCUUCAUUCUACUCCUUUUUGUCGAGUGAUAGUCACAAGAGAGUCGCAAAGUUGCCAUUUUUUUACUCUGUCGGGUGACAGCCGCUGAAGACGAUUUGACAACCCAUUUCAUUGAUCUCUAGACUUCGCAAGGAGAUCUAGAGAUUGCCCACGUUGUCCUUAUCCAAGGAAAGCUUUCAAGGCUGUGGACACUACACGACGAUCCUCCCAAAUGCUCAGAAUUCUGGUUCAUCACUGACGCAUCAUCGUCGUGACGCCGGAACUCUGUUUUCUUGCUUUCAACUUACUUUACACUUCAUUUAGUGAUAAUUUGUGUGAUUUAAAUUUACCAAGAUAUACUUCAUUCCAUUAUGAUUCUUCCACCUUUUACAAAUUUUAAUUUGAUCAAUUAAAUCGUUUGUAAUUACUUACGUAAAAAUCGUCAGGCAGAACUCUAUUUUCACCUGAUUUGUGUUCGCUAGGUGCUAAUGUCAUCAUGAUGUCCGCACCCUUAUUUCUAUCUUUCGUGAAUUUUAAAUAUAUUUUAUUUUUAUUUUCUAGUAUAAAAUUAAUAGAAAAUAGUAUCAUUUGAGAAAAAUUCUGAAUAAUUACCUGAUAUUAUAUUACAUCCUUGUGAUCGACUUGGAAAAUUAAUGCUAUUUUUGAAAGUUUUAUUGAAUUAUAGUUGAUAUAUUUGUUCAGAAAUACUUCUAAAUUUCUAAAUUUUUUUAUUUUCUAGUUUUAUAAAUUUUAAAUUUGCGUGAUUUAUUAUACAAUGACUAAGUUACGUCAAUGCCCAAUCUUGAUAACUAUUGGAAUCAUAUCCAGAAAAGUAUUUGA